AUGUCGAACCCCACCCCGCAUCAAUCGCCCUCUGUACGCGUCGAUCGCGCGACUACAGCUCCAGCUUCCCACCUCAAUCUCAACGUCACCACCAACUCCAAUCGGGUCACCAAGGAAGUUGAUACAAACAUGGAUCAACAAAGCACAAAUCCACUUCUACCACCCUCAGAGGUAUCACCUCUUGAGCAGGAAAUACUGGAUGAGUAUGAACGCUUGGCCGAGAAUAUGAAGACGCUCGCCUCCACCCUCGACCACCUAGCCAGCGCCCCGCCGAUCGAGAUCCUCGACGGCCUGCGCGACCUGGAGCGCAAAACCAGCCUGGUCUUCACCCUGCUCAAGGCGAGCGUCUACAGCAUCGUGCUGCAGCAGGAGAUCGAGUGGGGCGACCAAGCCGGUACCGGCGGCGCGGCUGGGGAGGAUGAUGAUGAGAGCAGCGAUGGUGGACGCUGA